AUGUACAUUUCCCAUAACAAAUGGCUGGAAAACAAGCGGAGAGAAUAUGCGGUGUUUGCGGCGAUACAAAACAUAUUGGCCGAAAUUUUUGCGCCACCACUUGUGAGAGUUGUAAAGCGUUUUUCCGGAGAACUGCCCUCAAAAUUACCGUAUUGCAUUGCGCCUCCAAUGGGUUGUGCGAAAUCACUGCCCAAACCCGCAAACUAUGUCAAAAAUGCAGACUUGAAAAACGAUAAAGAGCUGAGCGAACAGAUCGAUGAAAUUAAGCGCUGUUUAACGGGAGAGACGGAAGCGACGAAACAAAUCCGGCAAAAGUCGGCUGCGAUGGCAAUCGUACCGAUAGUCAAACCAAUUGUCGACUACUGCGGCAUAAAUCAGUUGGAGAGCAGCCGUAUGACAGAGUUGUCCGACGCGUGCCUAAUGACAGAGAUUAUCAUACAAGACGUGAUCACUUUUACCAAACGUUUGCGAGGGUUUCAAAAGUUUUGCGCCAACGACCAGUUGGCGCUCUUAAAGCACGGCUUUCUUGAUAUCAUUUAUCUCCAGGGCUUUACUUGUUAUGACCCCGAGGAGCAAGAGUUUAAUUAUUGCAUAGAUGAAUAUCACACAUUAGCUGUCAGUUUAGAUGCUCUUAAAGUAUACCGGAAAUCUAUAUACGAUAUACUCGAACAACAACUGUAUAUAUAUUUACUGCAAAGAUAUCUACUAUUAAAGUGCGGAUCGGAAUCGGAGUCCAAACCGAGACUACAGGCGCUCAUGUAUUCAUUGACUGAUCUGACGAUUACUGGCGAAACCCAUAAACGCAUUGAAUUGUCAGAAGUGGCCGAAAAUCAUACACUCAUUCAAUAUUACGGCCCAUUGUUUCGAGAGAUUUAUGAUUUGUAA